AAAAACAGUCAUUUUAUGCGUAACACAUCAUGAUUUAUUACCAUGAUGCACAUUUUAUUCACUUAAACAAAGAAAGCGAUAAAUAAAGAGCCGUGUGAGACUCUUCAUUAUCCAAACGAAACACAAAUGGUGUCAUCUCAAGGAAUUUUAAUCCGUGAACGACAUCGCAGUCAAGCCCAUCAAGUACGUCAAUUAGCAUAGCGCAAUGGCGCUGCCUACUGUUAUAAUAUUAUGCAAAAGAACAUGCGAGGUUCACGCAUACCGCAUCGCAUGCACGAAGGUGCGAACGGAAUAAUCGACCUUGAAACGGCACCUUCAACCGCGAUUCCCAAUAACGUAGCCGAGGAAAAGCGAACCUUGGUCCCGAUCGUAAUACUGAUCCAGCAGCCACUAUUGCUGCAGCGAUGCACUUUUACCAGCUAUAUAUGUAUUCGAUGUACCGUGCACCAUUGAUGCACGUGCGUUGCUGCGAUCCUGGUUAAACCCCACUCCGGGAUAGAUCGAACGGGAUAGACUAGAGUUUUACUUUCGUUCGAAGCAUCAUUCUCAGUUCAGGUUUACCGCUGCGCGUUCUCGCGCACAUCGCUUUCGCGCGCGUGUGGCUCUUGUGAAAUCAUUCGAGUCAGAUGAAUGCCACCGCGUAUUAAGUAUCCUUCCCGGAGUGAUCUCUACGUUACGAAGAUAUCGUGCGCAUUAUCCUCGUAAAGAUGUUGAUCCAUAGUAAAAAAAUCGCUACCAGUGGCUUGCUCAUCUUCAUAUUGCAAUUCCUCGCUCUAAUGACACUCGCCGGAACUACGACCUUGCCACCCAGGAUGCUGCAUGAUCUGGAUAUGCGCACGAGUCUUUCUAUGGAGAGAUACAGCCAGGCAGAGCGGGCGAUCAUGAACUCCCAGACGCAUCUCAAUCGAGGCUCGCCGUCAUGGUUUCUCGGUGCAUCCCACGAGAUGACCGAAGGCGCGCAAAAUCUCUCGAGGAAGGCCUUGAGAAUUGAGACGAUGGCGGUGAUGCUCGUAGAAGCACUCAAUAUGUCAUCGAAACAGGCGUCUUUGGUAUUACCGACGGUAGCUGCAGUCCUCUGUCCGGACUCGCCCAGCUUUCUAAGAAUAAUAUCCGAAUGCAAGAAGACAGAUGUCCGUUACAGGACACAUACGGGUCGAUGCAAUAAUCCGUUGCAUCCGACUUGGGGCGCAGCUUUGGAAGCUUACGUGAGAUUUUUGCCGCCGGAGUACGAAGACGGUGUCUCCUUGCCCCGCAUGAAUUUGCCGAGUGCGAGAGAAGUCUCCUCGAAGGUACAUGCCGGCGGAUUGGACCUUAAGCAUCCUUAUUUGAUGGCGCUUACCGCGCUUUUCAGUCAAUUUCUUGCUCACGAUUUGGCGCAUACGCCCAGAAUGGAACUACCGGACGGCGCCAGGCUCAAGUGUUGCGACGUUGAUUAUGAAAAUUUUCAUCCGGAGUGCUUUCCGAUCCGCGCGGAGCGGCCAAUCGGGUGUAUGGAAUAUUCGAGAUCGGCGCCACAUCCAGGGAAUUCGUUACAGGGUUGCAAGUUGGGUCCACGCCAACAGAUCAAUCAGGCAUCGUCCUAUCUGGAUCUGUCACCGCUUUACGGUAGUUCCGAAGAGACAGCUAGAGCUUUAAGAUCGGGCGAGGACGGUUUGCUAAAUACGCAGAGAAAGAACUUGCCGAUGGCUUCGCCAAAAUAUGAGAGCUGUAGAAGCGCAAAUAAGGCAUUUCCCUGUUUCUUUAGCGGCGAUACCAGAGUAAACGAGAAUCCAGGUCUUACUUUGAUGCACGUAUUAUUCUUACGGGAGCACAACCGAGUGGCUGCGGAAUUGGAACGUAUUAAUCCUCAUUGGAACGACGAGAAACUAUAUCAAGAAGCAAGAAGAAUUGUUAUCGCCGAACUGCAACAUAUAACUUAUAACGAGUUCCUGCCAGUUAUUCUCGGAGAACGUACCCUCGACAAAUACGGCCUGCGCUUGACGCAGCGGGGCUACUUCCGCGGCUACGACAUUCGCGCGGACGCGACUCUCUCGAAUUCGGCGGCGUCGGCUGGGCUCUCCUUUGUUGCCGCGCUGACCCCGAAAACCCUGGACUUGGUCGACUCACGAUCGGCGCUCAAGUCUGGCGAAAGGACCUUAUUGUCGGCAUUCUAUGCACCACAGGAGUUGUAUGAGGCUGGCGCGAUCGACCGGCUGAUCGUUGGAGCUACAGCGGGACAUUCUAGGAAGCCUCUGCCUCCGGGUUUAAACGAAAUUCUCCUGGACCGAUACUUCCACGACGGAAAAACCAACGAUGUAGCCGUAGAUUACGCUGCGCAGAUAAUACAACAGGGAAGAGAUCACGGUUUACCGUCUUACGUCAAAUGGCGAAGCUUCUGUGAUUUGCCGAAUCUCACUGACUUUCAGGAUCUUAAAGGCACAGUGACCAAAGAUACUAUCGAAAGACUUCGAGCAAUCUACAAAAAUGUAGAAGAUAUAGAUCUGGUGACUGGAGCACUUUCGGAAGCACCAAUAUCUGAUUCUGUUCUUGGACCGACGUUCCUUUGCUUAUUAGGGCGAACAUUUCAAAAUAUUCGUUUAGGUGAUAGGUACUGGUACGAAAAUGGAAAUACCCCUGGUUCGUUUACGAUAAAACAGUUGGAAGAAAUACGAAAAAGUACGAUGGCGCAAAUUUUAUGUCGCAAUGGAGAUAGACUACAAUGGAUGCAACCGAGAGCUUUUAUUCUAAAAGAUCCAUUUUUGAAUGAUAUGACAAAUUGUACGAUUCAUACAAAAGGAGCCAUGAGUUUUACAGCUUGGAAAGAAAGGAUAGAUAUAUAAUAAUCUAAAUUUCAUAUUCGAUCGUCGAAUUUUAAUAUUGCUCAUAUUAAACAAUAUUGUUCCUGAUUACGUUAGAGAUUGUAUGUUUGAAAUCAGUGUACUCUAAUUGCUAUUCUUAUAUAGUAAUUUGGAAGUUCUGUUACUACUAAAAAAUAAUUGAAUUAGAAAAUUCUUAAUUUGAGUUCAGAUUGAUUUCUUAAUUUGAGUUCAAAUUAUUUGAUUAUAAAAGAAUUUGGUAAAAUUUUACUCAGUGAAUAUUAAUUAGUAGCAAUUAAAAAUAGAAAAGGACUAAUAUUAUCGAGAAAAAUUUAAUUGAGAUGAUAAUGCGUGCAUCGAGUUUUAAUACCUCAUGUAACAAAAGAAGAACUGUUUAUAAUGAUCUCCAUCUCAUUUCUAAUACGCACAUUUGUUAAUACACGUUUUGUUAUACUACUCGUUAUAAUUUUAUUGCAAAUAUUGUUACUGCAGUUUCGAGUUAUCUAAACUUUAAGAUUACGUUUGAAUAUGUUUGGAUUAUAAAUAUUCAAAAAAAAAAACAAAAAAUUCUAAAAAAUCUUAUAAUUUAAAAAAUUGGUACGCUUCGUAUUAGGGCGUGUGUGCAUAAAGUAUUCUAUUUUAAUUAGCAAUAACGAUGACGAUGGAGUAAUAUAUCGAAAAGUGUAUAAAAUUUAUACGCGAAUAGUUCGAUCGAUCGAAUCAAGCAUUUUUUUGUAAUAUAUGUUCUAUAUUUCGAAUGAGUUUAAUCUCAGGAUUUUAACUUAUUUUAACUCUGAUGUGUAUUUUAAUGCACAUGUGUUAUUGCUGCCCUAAAUAAAAUAAUUUAACAAUA